CGGCGGCCACUAGCGCCAUGGGGACGGCCUCGUCGCUCGUGAGCCCCGCCGGCGGGGAGGUGAUCGAGGACACGUACGGCGCGGGGGGCGGCGAGGCCUGCGAGAUCCCGGUAGAGGUGAAGCCCAAGGCCCGCCUGCUGCGCAACUCGUUCCGCCGGGGCGCGGGGGCCGCGGGGGCGCCGGGGGCGGCGGGGGCCGGGCCCGGGUCGAUGACCCGCGCGGCGGGUGGCGGCGGGCUGCUGGGAGCCAGCUUCAAGUCCACGGGCUCGUCGGUGCCGGAGCUGGAGUACGCGGCGGCCGAGUACGAGCGGCUCAAGAAGGAGUACGAGAUCUUCCGGGUCAGCAAGAACCAGGAGUUGUUGUCCAUGGGCCGCCGCGAGGCCAAGCUGGACACGGAGAACAAGCGGCUGCGCGCCGAGCUGCAGGCCCUUCAAAAAACUUACCAGAAGAUACUCCGGGAGAAAGAAAGUGCCUUAGAAGCAAAAUAUCAAGCAAUGGAGAGAGCUGCAACAUUUGAACAUGACAGAGAUAAGGUUAAAAGGCAGUUCAAGAUUUUUAGGGAGACCAAAGAAAAUGAAAUUCAGGACUUACUGAGAGCCAAGCGAGAACUGGAGAGCAAACUUCAGAGACUGCAGGCUCAGGGGAUCCAAAUAUUUGACCCUGGGGAGUCUGAUUCAGACGACAACUGUGCAGAUAUUACUGCUGCUGGAACCCAGUGUGAGUACUGGGCUGGUGGAGCCUUGGGAAGUGAGCCUUCCAUAGGGAGCAUGAUCCAGCUUCAGCAGUCCGUCAGAGGGCCCGAGUUUGCCCACAGUUCCAUAGACGUGGAAGGACCCUUUGCGAACAUCAACAGAGAUGACUGGGAUAUUGCUGUAGCUAGUUUGUUACAGGUAACUCCCCUGUUUUCUCAUUCUCUGUGGAGUAAUGCUGUCAGAUGUUACCUCAUUUACACAGAGGAAACCCAGCCAGAAGUGGAGCUUUUCCUUAAGGAGUGUUCACCUAAACUUAAAAGGAUGUGUGAGACAAUGGGAUAUUUUUUCCACGCUGUUUAUUUCCCAAUAGAUGUUGAAAAUCAAAACCUCACCAUAAGAAAAUGGGAGAUUGAAAAGAGCUCUUUAGUAAUUUUAUUCAUCCAUUCAACUUUACCAAGCCUUUUAUGGGAAGACUGUGAAGAAGCUUUUCUGAAAAACUCUGAAGGAAAACCGCGGUUGAUUUACCAUCGUUUGGAGGAUGGGAAAGUCAGUUCCAACUCUGUCCAGCAGUUGAUCGAUCAAGUUUCUAAUCUAAACAAGACCAGCAAAGCCAAGAUCAUUGAUCACUCAGGAGAUCCUGCAGAGGGAGUAUAUAAAACUUACAUUUGUGUGGAAAAGGUCAUUAAACAGGACAUAUUGGGCUUUGAAAAUGCAGACCUGGAGACUAAGGAUUUGGGCAGUGAGGAUUCCAUUCCAGAGGAAGAUGAUUUUGGGGAUGUUCUGUGGGACAUACAUGAUGAACAAGAGCAAAUGGAAACCUUUCAGCAGGCCUCUAACUCAGCCCAGGAGUUGGGAUUUGAGAAAUAUUACCGACGCCUUAAUGAUCUGGUGGUGGCACCAGCCCCGAUUCCACCCCUUCUGGUGUCUGGAGGACCUGGCUCUGGAAAGUCCCUUCUUUUAUCAAAGUGGAUUCAAUUGCAGCAGAAGAAUUCCCCUAACGCGCUGAUUCUUUCCCAUUUUGUGGGGAGACCCAUGUCAGCCAGCUCCGAGUCCUCCUUGAUAAUUAAGCGACUGACUCUAAAGCUGAUGCAGCACUUCUGGGCAGUAUCUGCACUGACGCUUGAUCCAGCUAAACUUCUGGAAGAAUUUCCACGCUGGCUAGAGAAACUCUCUGCUCGUCAUCAGGGCAGCAUCAUCAUCGUUAUCGACUCUAUCGAUCAAGUUCAGCAAGUUGAAAAACAUAUGAAGUGGCUGAUUGAUCCCCUGCCAGUGAAUGUCAGAGUAAUCGUUUCUGUGAAUGUAGAAACGUGCCCUGCUGCCUGGAGGUUGUGGCCUACACUUCACCUAGAUCCUUUAAAUCCAAACGAUGCAAAAUGUAUUAUACUUUCAGAAUGCCACUCUGCAGACAUGUCAGUGAGUAAAGAGCAGGAGAAGAAGCUAGAGCAGCAUUGUCGUUCUGCUACAACCCGCAAUGCCCUCUAUGUCACCCUUUUCAGCAAAAUGAUGACACGUGCUGGGAGAGCAGGCAACGUGGAUAAAAUCCUUCACCAGUGUCUCCAGUGUCAAGACACAGUUUCGCUCUAUAGACUUGCUCUGCGUUCCAUCGAGGAAUCCAUGGCAAAGGAUGUUGAUAAAGAGCUUAUGAGAGAGAUUCUCUGCCUGGUCAAUGUCAGUCACAAUGGUGUCAGUGAAUCAGAACUGAUGGAACUGUAUCCCGAGAUGUCCUGGGCUGUCCUGACUUCCCUUAUCCACAGUUUACACAAAAUGUGUUUGUUGACUUAUGGCUGUGGGUUGCUCAGGUUCCAACAUCUGCAGGCCUGGGAAACGGUGAGACUGGAGUACAUGGAGGAUCCCACCAUUACUUCUUCCUAUCGGCAAAAGCUCAUCAGCUAUUUCUCCUUGCAGCUAAGUCAGGACCGAGUGACCUGGAGAAGUGCAGAUGAGCUCCCUUGGCUUCUUCAGCAGCAGGGAAGUAAACAGAAGCUGCACGACUGCCUGCUCAAUCUCUUUGUGUCUCAAAACCUUUACAAAAGGGGACACUUUGCUGAGUUGCUGAGUUACUGGCAGUUUGUUGGCAAAGACAAAAGCGCGAUGGCAUCAGAGUACUUUGACGCAUUGAAGCAAUUUGAGAAAAGCUGUGAGGGCGAGGACAGCAUGACCCGCCUGGCUGACCUUUAUGAGACGCUGGGCUGCUUUCUCAAGGACCUGGGCCUUCUCAGUCAGGCUGUGGUGCCCUUGCAGAGGUCUCUAGAAAUUCGAGAAACCGCACUGGAUCCAGAUCACCCCGGAGUAGCCCAGUCGCUCCACCAACUAGCCAGUGUGCACGUGCACUGGAAGAAGUUUGGCAACGCGGAGCAGCUAUACAAGCAGGCGUUGGAGAUCUCGGAAAACGCCUACGGUGCAGCCCAUCCGCGUACUGCCCGGGAGCUCGCGGCACUCGCAGCCCUGUACCAGAGACAGAGCAAAUAUGAACAAGCUGAACAUUUUAGGAAAAAAUCCUUUAAAAUUCGUCAGAAAGCUACAAGGAGAAAAGGCAACUUGUAUGGAUUUGCCCUUCUACGCAGACGGGCCCUGCAGUUAGAAGAGCUCACCUUAGGUAAGGACACGCCCGAUAACGCCCGCACCCUCAAUGAGCUGGGCGUCCUCUACUAUCUUCAGAACAACCUGGAGACAGCUGAGCAGUUUCUGAAGCGCUCCUUAGAAAUGAGGGAGCGAGUUCUAGGGCCAGAUCACCCCGACUGUGCCCAGUCUCUGAAUAACCUGGCAGCUCUGUGCAAUGAAAAGAAGCAGUACGACAAGGCAGAAGAGCUGUAUGAAAGAGCCUUGGACAUCCGGAGACGAGCACUGGCUCCUGACCACCCUUCUCUGGCGUACACAGUGAAGCACCUUGCAAUCUUGUAUAAGAAAAUGGGAAAGCCUGACAAAGCGGUACCUUUGUAUGAACUGGCUGUUGAAAUUCGGCAGAAAUCCUUUGGGCCAAAGCACCCCAGUGUAGCCACCGCCUUGGUGAACUUGGCAGUGCUGUACAGCCAAAUGAAAAAGCACAUUGAAGCUUUGCCAUUAUAUGAAAGGGCAUUAAAGAUUUAUGAAGAUAGCCUGGGUCGGAUGCACCCUCGAGUUGGAGAAACAUUAAAAAAUCUAGCUGUGCUCAGCUAUGAGGAAGGAGACUUUGAAAAAGCUGCUGAACUAUACAAAAGAGCAAUGGAAAUAAAAGAAGCAGAAACGUCACUGUUGGGUGGAAAAGCUCCUUCCAGACAUUCAUCAAGUGGAGACACGUUUAGCUUGAAAACUGCUCAUUCUCCUAAUGUCUUCCUUCCUCGAGGACAAAGAUAAUAGUGGCAAUUGCAGUUCUUUGCAACCAUACCUUAAGAUAAUUAAACACUUGGAAAGUUAGAAUUUAAAACUUAAUUUAACUGGUAUUUUUAUGAAGUUGUAUUGGACUGUAUUAAGUUUCAGUGUGAUCGUGUCUAUUUAAAUAGACUCAAAGUAAUCCAUUUUCUGUUGUGUGGAAUCCAAGGGUAUAGACACAUUAGCAGUGGAGAUGGCAGGAGUGGAUUGGUCUCUAUCCAAGAAGAGCUGGCAAGGCAGCGAAGACAAGAGUUCAGAUUCAAGAACUCCAUGAUUUUUCUCCUUCCUCACAAGCAACUGCCGCCUUGCCAUUCAUUCCUUGCCGUGUUUCUCAGCAGUGGU